AUGGCAGAGAGAUUAACGCAGAUCAAAGACCAUAUAGUCUCAGCAAUGACACCCUCGGUGGUGGACGCCAGACCCGAUGACGUGGUCGUGGUGACAGCGUACCGGUCGGCCAUAGCAAAGGGAUUUAAGGGUGGCUUUAAAGACGUGAAUUCAGACUAUCUAGUACAUCAGUUUUUGCUGGAGUUCUUCGAAAAAGCUCCUCCUGCAGUGCGGGACAACAAACAGCUUAUCCAGGAAGUGGCGUGCGGCAACGUGCUGAACCCAGGCGCAGGCGCCACAGAGCAUCGCGCAGCGUGUCUGGCCGCAGGCGUGCCCUACACCGCUCCUUUCGUGGCUAUCAACAGACAGUGUUCUUCGGGACUGGUGGCCAUCAACGACGUUGCCAACAAGAUCAAAGUCGGGCAAAUCGACAUGGGACUUGCCAUGGGCGCAGAAUCGAUGACCAAAAACUAUGGACCCCAGGCGCUCGGCAACAUCUCCAAAGAACUCAAGGAAGAUAAAAUUGCUCGCAAGUGCCUGAUCCCAAUGGGAAUCACAAACGAAAACGUCAGUCACCAAUUCCACAUUUCCAGGCAGAGCCAAGACGCGUUCGCCGCCGAAUCUUACCGCAAGGCUGAAUAUGCCAUUUCCCAAGGUCUCUUUGAAGAUGAGAUUUUGCCUAUACGCUUACCAGACGGCACGGUUGUCUCCACCGACGAGGGCCCACGCAAGGGCGUUACCGCUGAUAAUUUAGCCCUUUUGAAGCCAGCUUUCAUCAAAGAAAAGGGAACCACUACGGCUGGAAAUGCUUCACAAAUAUCCGAUGGUGUCGCAGCAGUUCUUUUGACCAGGCGUUCAGUGGCCGAAUCCAUGGAGCUACCGAUAUUGGCAAAAUACGUAGCGUGUCAAGUUGUAGGUGUUCCUCCAGAGGUCAUGGGCGUGGGUCCUGCGUACGCCAUUCCAAAGGUUUUGAAAGGCUGUAAGCUAAAUGUGGGCGAUAUUGACAUUUUCGAGAUCAACGAAGCUUUUGCCGGACAAGCGCUUUACUGCAUCAGCAAACUCGAGAUCCCGUUGGAAAAAGUGAAUCCAAAAGGUGGUGCUAUAGCGCUCGGACAUCCGCUCGGAUGUACUGGGGCCAGACAGGUUGCGACAAUUCUAAGAGAGCUAAAACCUGGUCAGAUUGGUGUGGUGAGUAUGUGCGUGGGUACAGGUAUGGGCGCUGCCGCAGUGUUCGUCAAAGAGUAG